UCCUAUCACUGCCCUGGACGCCCCGAGUUAGAACACCUCGUUUCUCUGAAUUUAUCCUUCGCGCUUCCCUCCCACGGUACAAAAAGGUAGUCAACUGCCCUUACUGUUCGUACAUUCUUUUAUCCUUGUUCCACUUCGAACAACGCUCAUGCCAUCAACUACUUAGCUCUAUGGGAGGCCAAGGGCAUGUGCCCCAGCUCCUUGGUCAAAUAUCAGGCAUAGUCAUGCCUUUUGAUGGCAUUGAAGAGCAUUUGUUACCGGAUAUCCAAUCAUCCCGUCCUCGUACAUCCAAGCAAUAUUCCUAUCUUGGUGACGGCGACAUUUCGCCCAAAGGCCUCAGCGUGCACUUCAUGGCUUCUUGUUCCACCAACGAGCCUGAAGUGAACGACCACCAACAGCGAUUAUCACCCUCAUCAUCACAGUCCGUUGGAUAUCCAGAGUCCUCUCAGAGGACAACCUCCGCAUUCCAAACCUCCGCCCAGUACGACCUCCAAAACUUCGAUUAUUUCGCCUCUUCCACCUUUCUAUCAUCUCAGGUCUCUCGUACUAGCCUUCGUGCCUCCCACAUUCUCCCCAGUUGCAGGGAAUGGGUCGGUGACCAGGAUGACGAGCAAAUAAACCCAACAUCCAUUCAGUCACUCGACUACCCAGGUAGUCAAAGUUCCACUGGACAGGAUCAGGUGUCACCAGACAGCGCAUCCGCCGAAUAUACAUAUCCUGACGACUCCGACAUGGAGACGGGUCUAGUCAUGUCCCAGAUGAUGGCCCAUUUCCAGAUUCAUACGCCUCCUCCGAAUGCAGGCAUGACGAUGUCCGUCACCGACCUGGAUUCUUCAAUACCAUCUGUCAUGACCUUUCGGUUGGGCCGUCAGUCUCUUAGACCAGUCGCAGACCCGGACAACGCAAGGAUCUUGGAAAGCUUUGAUGACCCUGAUGAAGACGCAUCGGGAGAGUCGUGCGAAUCUUCGUCGCCGCCUUCACCUCCCUAUUUGUCUCCUAGUUCCUUUUAUGAUGGGCCAGCAGCAGGAGGCUGCGGAAACGUCAUAGAGAGGAACUCAGUAAUUGGGGUGGCUUCUUCCAAGGAAGGGUGUUCGUCAUACCUUCCCGAUGAAAUCCCUCAUUUCGGGGGCUCCAACGGAAACAUUGACUCCUUCAUUCCACUAAACACAGCCCCAAGAAGGAGAGGGUCAUCUAAAAGGUCCAAAAUGCACCAGUGUUCUAUCUGCUCGAAAAUAUUCCCGCGCCCAAGCGGUUUGAACACACACAUGAAUUCUCACUCGGGAGCUAAGCCUUACAAGUGUCCGGUACCAUCAUGCGAUAGGCACUUUGCAGUGAGAUCUAAUGCCAAGCGCCAUCUCAAGACACACGGCAUUAACCCUUCUUUGAUGGAGGGGCCAUCUCAGGGCACAAACUUUAUGGUUGGGUUUGAGGAGCCUCUCGUAAAUCACCAUGUUCACGAUUCCGGCCGGCCACCGACAAGACUCAGGUGGAUCCCGCACAGCCUCGUCACGAGGACGCAACCCGUUACCGAGUGGAUCGGCUCCCAAUCAUCGGGUGGAGACGAUUCGAAAAGCACAUGCCCUGUGGUCUCAAUGACGUUGCCGGGGGCACCCUCAUCGUCAUUGAACCAGGCAUCAGCUUAUCGUUACGACAAUAACAAUGAUUAUACUGAUGCGGGUUCUCGUCACUACCUCCCCAGUCAGAAUGAUUUCCGGUGCGACCCACCCAAUCGUUCCACAAGAUAGCCGUUCCCUUUGAAUCGCACAUGUUUUGAUCAAAUAUUAGACACUCGAUGCACAGUUUACAAUCCAACGAUCAUUAGCUAGCAUUUGUAUUCUAGGAUUCGCCGCAAUGUUAAAUUAUGGGGUUUGAGGGGAUUCUUGGACUUUGUCAG